CUCCCCUCACCUUGCUGCCACCCCCCUCCUCUCAUCACUGCCGCCCCUUCCGCUCAAGGGCCCGAUCAGUGCACGCCAUCGCGGCGUUGCUCCCCCUCCGCCGCCGCUGCCCCCCCUCCUCCGCCGCCGCCGAUUUGUUGCGAGACUUGAUCGAACAAUUUAUGCUAUUAUUUUGCCAAAUAUCGUACUAUGACAUUUGGAUUAUGCAGAUAGUUUUUGAGUGUGCACACUUCAUGCCAUGGGACGGGAGUCGCAAACCCAACGGCGCGUGCGAGCCCGGCCGUGGCGAGAGAGAAACCGCGCGAGCGACGACGCGCGCCGCACCGGAACCGAUCGGAUCGCACUCGGCGGCCGAGUUCUGGUGGGACGGAGGCGGAGAGACCGGGAAUCCAGGGGCAAAGCUACUCUUUUCCUUUUCAAAAACCUCGCCCUUUCCUUCCCCUGGUUCAUCUCCCCCUGCCCCCUUGCCGCGCCGCGCGACUCUCGUCAAUCGUCGAUGGUUCUCAUGGCGGCCGCCUCCGACGACCAUCGCCACCGCGAGCAUCACCACCACCGCCGCCGCCAUCGCGCGGCGAAACGCUCGCCGACUCCACCCCCGCCCCAGCCCCACCCAGAGUCUCCGUCCCCGUCCCCCCUCGAUUGCUUCUCCUUCACCUGGGGCGUGCGCCGCCGCCUCCGCUGCUCCAAGGACGGCGCCCCCGUCGUCGCGACCGCAUUGCCAUCUCCUCCCCAGCACCCGACCACCCCGUCGCCGGACAAGGAGAAGCCGCCCCAGGGCGACGCCGCCGGCUCCUCCUCCCGGCCGCAGCGAUCCCGGCACCUCCGCCCGCUCCGCUACCCCGCGACGCAUCCCGCGUCCAGAUCAUCGGACGCUGGCGCGGGGCAGGCGCUCCACUCGCCCGCCUCGGCGCCUCCGCCGCCGCUGACGGAGCCGCAGCAGCCUAGGAAGAGGGGAUUCGCCGUCGCCCUCACCAAACAGGAGAUCGCCCGGGACUUCGCCGCCGUCCGCUGCAAGCGCCCGCCGCGCCGCGGCAAGAAGCGGUCCAAAGCCCAGCAGGCCAAGAUCGACGCGCUGUGCCCCGGAUUCUUCCUCUCGACGGUCGACCUGGACAACUACAAGAUCGAUGAUAAUAAUAAUAGGUGAUCCUUGGCUGCCGUGAUGAAGCUUCAGACGGGAGCAACUUCUCAAUUGCUCCCAUAUCUUUCUUCCUGAUGCCCAUUACUGAAUGGUGUUGGUUCUUCUGAGGUAGAGACAGCAAAUUGGGUCUAGUUAGGUUCCUUGAGUGGUUUUGUAUACAGAUUUCCCUUUUAGAAGAGCUGCCAGAACGAGGGGAAAGUUUAUGCUUCAGGGUGCUAGCUAUGUUGGUUUGGAGUAUAGUUCCUGCAGCUUGUAAGAAAUGAUAAUAUUCUUAUAUAAUGGGAAGCAGCCACGUUUUGUACAUUGUUUAAAUCAUCAAAUAGUGUUGGACAUGGCUAAUUGGAAGUGAAAAUAAUAGGUGCUUCAUACUUGUGAUA